GCUCCAUGCUGCACCUCUCUCAGUGUUACCUCAUGUAAUCUGAUCCUUCAAUUGACAAUUGAACUGCACCUUGUUUUCUGAUUCUUUUUUCUAUUUACUUUCUCCAACAACCAAAUAAUUGAACGCCAAAAUGUCCUCCUGCAUCUUCUGUCGCAUCAUCAAGGGCGAUAUUCCCUCUUUCAAGCUAUUUGAGAGCGACAAGACUCUCGCUUUCCUUGAUAUUGGUCCUCUCAGCAAGGGCCACGCUCUUGUCAUUCCCAAGCACCACGGUGCUAAGCUGGCCGAUAUUCCCGACGACCACCUCACCGAGAUUCUGCCUGUUGUCAAGAAGAUUGUCAACGCGACUGGUGCCACUGAUUACAACAUCCUGCAGAACAAUGGCCGCAUUGCUCACCAAGAAGUUGAUCAUGUCCACUUCCACAUGAUCCCUAAGCCCAACGAGACCGAGGGCCUCGGCGUUAAGUGGCCCACAAAGCCCGCAGAUAUGGAACAGCUCAAGGCUUACUGUGAGGAGCUCAAGGCCAAGAUCUAGGGAGCUUCGGGAUACGCAUAUGCAACAGUGUUGGGUUGGGAAAAUAGGGGACUGGUUCAUGAAGAGCCCUUCUAGUAUUAUUGUCCAGUUACCAGGUACCAUCCUGCCCCACCAAAUCAACCUGAUCAUCUACAAUCCAUGUCCCUUUUGUCCUUCACACGUCUCGUCUAGUCUAGAUCAUCAGCAGAAGUGCUGGCUCCCGCAGCAGCCGGUGGCUUGAGCGAGUACCAGUCAGUCUUGCCAUCAUUCUGUAUCGCACCUUGUCUGUCGUAGAGUGUUCGUGCUCGGAUAUAUGGGUCAAG